AUGGCGGCACUGCCUCUGUUUGAUUGUCAUUACGACAUAAACGUGGUCUGUAACGAUGGAGAAGCAGUCUUACAGCAACAACAGCAGCAACAACGGCGGCCAAUAGUGACGACGAAUGAUAAAUUCAUAGCCUUUCAUGUCAACUUUCGCCACAUACUCCUUGAUAUCCACCGCCUCAUCGACAGUCGUCACUACUAUACGGUGGUUCCUUUUGCCCAAUACUUAUCUGAUUAUUUAGCAAUCACUGAAUAUAUUCUGGCUGGAGUAAUGGGCACCCCUUCCAUCCAAAUCCCAUCUUCAUUAACUUCACGAAUUGCUACUGCUUACGUUUUGCCCAUAAUUCAUGAUUAUUAUUCUAAUAACUCCCAAGCUUUGGGUCUCAAUAUCUGUCUCGAUAUCACUGCCCUAACUGCUAGUAUUGAAUACCAACACCAACAACAACAAGAGCAAAAUCAGGAGAAUAUAAAUAUUAAUGUCAAUAUUCCUGCAGCGAAAGACUCCGUAAGGGCUCUCAAGGAGUUAAACGAUGUGGGUUUGAUGAGUAGUUGCAAUUGUACCAUAUGUUUCGAGAAGAUGGUGCCGUCGUUGGGUGAUUCGUGUGAUGAUGAUGAUGAUGAUGAGAUUGAGAUGAGCAGCAGAGUGGUUGUUGAGAUGCCUUGUUCUCAUGUGUUUCACAAGGAUUGUAUUGUUCGAUGGUUGGAGACCAGUCAUUUCUGCCCUUUGUGCCGUUACUCAAUGCCCACUGCCAAUUGA